AUGGCCGAGAUGAGUGGCGGAGCUUCCGCCGAGCAGCCAGAGGCGGCUGCAACUGCUACUGCUCCAGCAGUUCCCAAAGGAGCAGACCCCAAACCGUCCUUCGCGAAGAAGGUACUAGCCAAGCAGGCCGCCACCGCGAACAAGAAUCACGGGCACAGACCACAGGUGAGUGCUUUCGGUGCGAUGUGGAAGAAUGUGUUGCUGACUUUUUCAGAACUCCACGCCACUGCGUUCGAGCAUAACAGCUUAAGCCAGGCCAAGCUGUGGGAGAAGAAGACGUUGGUUCUGGAUGUUGCCAGCCCCGUGUUCUACAGAAGUGAUAGAGAAGAGGUGAUAGCACUGUCAAGACGAGUAUCACCAAAAGGGUAG